GAAGCCGCACAUUGCCAGCUGGCGCAUCUCCGGAUCUCUUGCAGCGGAUUCCCGGGCGCCCUUGGAGAGAAAAAAAAACCAAAACCAGGCAAGAAGGAAUGUCGGCUUCUUAUUGAAGGGCCCUAAAUUGCCUCCAAUUGCCCCCAAAAUGCACUUCAAAGCGAUGCAGAGAUCUUGGACGGUUCUCCGGAGCGGCCGUCAAAUUUUUACGCAAAAUUCAAGCCGAGGCAUCGGUGGGGACCCUUGGAGAAAAUUGGCUUUUUUAAACAACCCCGCUUUGAACCGAACGAGGCUGAAUAGAAUCGCCGGAUUCCGGGGAAUUCAAGAAUGUGGCUUCCCGUUAUUAGGAAAAGGCGCCGGUUUGCAAAGAGAAAUGAGGGAAAAGAAGAAUUUUUGGAGACAACGGAGCACUCGAUCCUGCCCGGAAGCCACUUCACCUUUUGUGUACAAAGUCCGAGUCGCUACCGGGAAGCUUUGGGGUUCGGGCACCUUCGACUCCGUCUCCAUCACGCUGGUGGGCUUAAAGGGGGAGAGCCCCAGGCAGCUCUUGGAUAAGACCGGGAAGGACUUCAUCCCCGGAGCGGUGGAUGACUAUGAAAUCUCGAGCGAUCGUGACCUGGGGGCCCUGAUUUUCAUCCGGCUCCAUAAGGAACCCUAUCAGUUUUUCCCAGAAGAUUCAUGGUUUUGCGACUUCGUCCAGCUGACCGCCCCGGAUGGCCAAAAUUUCCAUUUUCCUUGCUACCAAUGGAUCGAGGACGACCAGACCCUGGUGCUGAGAGAGGCCACAGGCAAAUUGAUCUGUGAUGACGGCCAGAACUCCUGCCUGCUGGGACACAGGACGGAAGAGCUGAGAAACAGGCAGGACACCUACAGAUGGACUGAAUUCGCUCCCGGCUUGCCCCGGUGCGUGGCGGUGGACACCAUCGAAGAGAUGAACACCAACAUCAAGUUCUCCUUGACCAAGAUAAGCACUUUCAUGGCGCGUUCAAAACUGACGUGGGUACCACCGAAAUCUUCGUGGCUCAGGGAUGAACUGGGGAGGCUCCGGGCGCGCUCUCAGCUGGGUGGUUUUCUUUGCAGACAUUUUGGGACCCGACUAGGGAACGUCAUCAGUGCCAGAAGGGAGGGGGGAUUGUGGAGAGGAGGAGUGAUCUGUCCCCGUCCACACACACACACACACACAAACACAGCCAGCCGAGGGUUAAGAAAGUACUUGGCACGCACACAGGUCGUUAUCUCAAACUUGGCAGCAAUAUAAUCACCGUCUGCCAAGAGCUUUUACUGCAACAGAUAACACAAAAUUACAUACGCAUUGCAAAUAGUCCAGCAAAACAAUAUCCCUUUCGGCAGCUUCAGACGUUGUUCAAGUGACUAGCCAAAGUUCGUUUUUGUUCGUCACGGAGUUUUACCAGCCACCACCCUCUCUUAAAUAGUCUCUGGGGUGUGGUCCAGUGACUCAGUUCUAAUCCCUAGCACGCCUCCUUAACUGCUGCAACCGUUUAUCACGCCUUCGUUGGCGUGCAUCCAGGAAUGACGGCUCUCCUUCGCUCUCAUCCGAGACACCUGGCUCCUGGUUAAUCUCCUCUCCCUCGGCCGGCACCUGAGACAGUGCCAGAGGGGAGGGGCCUGGAGAGGGAGGCCUGGCUGACUCCUCUUCCUCAUGUUCGGAGCUUUCUUCCUCCGAUGAGAUAGGCUCAGAGGGCGGGGC